GCGGCCACAUGUCUGUCCGAGCGCUGAAUCAAAUCAUUGUGUUAUAAUACCUGUGAGCUGCAGGAUGAAGGACACGCCGCUGUCGAACUGUGAGCGGGACUUUUUGCUGAAAGCCAUCGAGGAGAAGAAGCGGCUGGAUGGACGGCAGACCUACGACUACCGGAGGAUAAAGAUCACAUUUGGGACCGACUAUGGGUGCUGCUUCGUGGAUCUGGGAAAAACCAGGGUCAUGGCUCAGGUGUCCUGUGAGCUGGUGGCUCCCAAAGAGAACCGACCCAACGAGGGCAUCAUGUUCUUCAACAUCGAGCUGUCGCCGAUGGCCUCGCCGGCGUUCGAGCAGGGAAGACAGUCGGAGCUGUCGGUGAAGCUCAACCGGCAGCUGGAGAGAUGCCUGAGGAACUCCAAGUGCAUCGACACCGAGUCGCUGUGCGUGGUGUCGGGGAAAACGGUUUGGCAGAUCAGGGUGGACGUCCACAUGCUGAACAACGACGGGAACCUGAUGGACGCCUCCAGCAUCGCCGCCAUCACCGCCCUGUGCCACUUCAGACGCCCAGACGUCGGCAUCCAGGGAGAAGAGGUCACGGUGUACAGUCCAGAGGAGAGAGACCCCAUCCCUCUGAGCAUCUACCACAUGCCCAUCAGCGUCAGCUUCUCCUUCUUCCAGCAGGGGACUUACCUGCUGGUGGACCCGUGUGAGCGCGAGGAGCGAGUGAUGGACGGGCUGCUGAUGAUCGCCAUGAACAAACACCGAGAGAUCUGCUCCAUCCAGUCCAGCGGCGGCAUCAUGCUGCUGAAAGAACAGGUCAUGAGAUGCAGUAAAAUCGCGAGCGUCAAAGUGUCGGAGAUCACGGAGCUCAUCAGUGAAGCGCUGCAGAACGACAAGGCGGCCAGGAAGGCGGGCGGGAGGUGUGGUUUCGCGGAGUCGAUGCCUCAGGAGCGAAUCACGGCUCUGAAAACGGACGAGACGCCCGUGGAGACGACGGACGCAACGGAAAGAGCCAAUGACAUCGUCCAGAGAGCCGAAGCCCCGCCCCAGACGGUGCCGUCUCCGGUGGUGCCGGUCCCAGGUGUGGGCCAGGUGGGGCAGCAGAACACCUGGGGGCUGGAGGAGGAGGAGGAGGAGGAUGAAGAGCAGGAGGAGACGAGGAUGGAGGAGGAUCAGGAUGAAGACGAGGAGAGCGGAGGAGGAGACGUGGUGGAGAUAUCGGACAGCGAGGAGGAGGAGGUGGUGGUUCUUCACCCGGAGACAACAGGCAAAGCAAAGAACACAGGUUCCAGUUCUCACCAGCAGGCGGCAGCAGCGUCCCAGAAGAGGCAGAAAAAGUGACGCAGCAGCAGCAGCUUUAACUCUGAACUUCAGUUUCUAGGUGUUGUUUUUGCUCCCGUCGCAUUU